ACCAGAAAGUGUGUUGACAACCCACUAUGAACAUGACUGACCUGUUUUUCUGAGGAAAUCCCCGUGUAGUGAGUGGGCGAAGGGGAAGUGGAUGCUUGUGUGUGUAUAUAUAAUGAUCCCAAACGCCAGUCAGCAGCAGGAGUCUCACUGGAGGAGUCAGUAUGAAGCUGUUGUCUGUCGUCAAAGCUUUGGGGUCUGUGUGUCUGCUGUUUGCAGAUGGAGCUCCAGUUUCUGAGGAUGAAUCUCCAGAGAUCAUCGGGCCGAAUCGUGUCCAAAUCAAAGCUCAUCCAGGUGAGCCGCUCCUCCUUCACUGCGGUGCAUUUACAAACUGUGAGGAUGAUGUGAGCGUUAUCUACUGGCUCGUCAAUGACUCUUUCCCUGAAGAAACGGUCAACAGCGACAGAAUAGUGGAAUCAAGCGAAUCAACUUUCGAGGAGGGUACAGUCCUACAGAGGAGUUUGCUCUUGAAGACCGUCACCUCAGAGGAUCUCACAUCCAACUUCACAUGCGUUGUGACAAAUGCCAUGGGAAUGGCCCAGAAGUGCAUAACAUUAACAGCAAAGACUGAUGGCUUUAGCAGUAACUGACAGAAAACACACAGAAUAGCACUGCUGUAAAAAGUGGAUUUCUGUGUGCAGGGUUAUAUCUUGCAGAAAAUUGCCAAGAGUUAACGUAUGUGAAAUUGCUGCUUUUGUGUUGUACUGAAAUCCGGGCUGCAUUUGAUUAUGGCAAAUCCUUACCCUUUGAUAUGUAGGCCAGUAAACGUAAAAAUGACUCCUAAAUCUCAAGGAAGGAAUAAUACAAGGAAACCAGUCAACAGGUGGACACUAGGUCCCUUAAUGCUGCUUUUGAGGAUCCCCUCCUGAUCCAAGGAAACAAAACAUCCAGAGGCAACACUUUAUGUGGAACUGAACACACCCAUUAUACCUGCAGUAAACUGCCUACAUUACUAUGACUCUACAAGGCACUUUCUACCAAUUCCAGACUGAUACAGAAUAUUGCACCAGUAAUUCGCUGAAAUUAUUUUGUGUGUAUCAUUGUACUGUUCGCUGACAGAAAUCUCAACUUUGUAUGCUUUUAAACCAUAAUGAGAAUUUACAUUAUCAUCAAUUAAAUCUUUCAUAAACUCAUGUAUACGCUGCUGAUAAAUCAUUGUGGCUGUUUCACUUGAGAUUUACCAUUAAUCCUACAUUGUAGUUGGUGUUUAUUUCAAGCAGGUAUAGAAUCAGUAUCACUGAACACUUUCAUAGGUGCAGUCGAUACAGGUGUCCACUGUAAUGUGUCAUUUCUGAGGGUGGUCUAUUUAAUAUGUUUUUGUGUUGUAUGCCAAUGCAAAUGUAAUUAUUCCAUUAAUAAAUCAAAGGCUACAAGCUACA